AAGGAAAAUGGAAAUAAUGUAAGAUGAAAUGAGAAAACUGGAUUGGACUUUUUGUAAAACAAAAUAGUGAAAAUAAUAAAUACCAAAGAAAUGAAAAUACUAACGACAAGGCAGUAAGGCCCCUGGCUAUAGCCUGUUCGAAAGAACGAAUUAAUAUAAAAAAAAAAAAAAAAAAACAAGAAGUCAAAAGACAAACACAGGUCAAAGAUGACGGACUCCAAACUAAGAUAUUUGAAACCACAAGCUUGCUUUGAAAACUGAAAAUAGCGAUUGUUUCAGUUGUGAAGCUUAGUUUAUUACAUUAAUUUCAAGUAUUUGAAAUGGUCAAUAGUUAAGGUCUUUUCGUGUGUUUUUGUUAUAGAUAAUAUUAUUGUCGUUUUGUAUAAAAAACGUAUUUCUAGUACCGCUAUUAUAUCCAAGCACAAAAAUGGCAAAAUCUCAAAUAAAUACCAGAACUAGAGAACUUAUAUUAGAUAAGGAUACAUUUCUUAAAGAAUUAAAACAGUUUAAUGAGAGUAAGAGUAUACCUUACAAAAUACCUGUUGUAAACGGGGUUGAAAUUGAUUUAUAUCUUUUGUAUUCCUUGGUGCAACAAAGGGGUGGCCUAAACAAGGUAAAUCAAACUGAUACAUGGGAAUCAUUUCUGAGACCACUCAAAUUGCCAUAUCCAUGUGUCAAUGGAUCCACCCUGUUAAGAAAAAUAUAUGGAAUGUACUUAGAAAAAUAUGAAAGAGCUAAGGGUCCUCCAGGAAGAGAUGAUGAUAAUGAUAUGGAUGAGGAUCCCAGAAGAAGCAGAGGACACAUACCAAGGGUUACUUUCACUGGGGGAACAUAUAUUUCAGCAUCGGGGGAACAGCUUAAAACACAUGUGCCACGAUUUCCAGGGCCUUCAGAGAGGCUAACCUUAUCACUACUGUCUCCAAUGCCAAAUGAACAAGACUUUGCAGUUAAUGUAUGUACAGUACUAGCAGCAGAUCAUUCUAACAGACUGCCAUUGAGUACAUCACCACAUAUAUUAGAUUUCAUGCUGGCACAUGCAGGAGUUUAUAAUCAUUCAAGUCUUCGAGAUACAAUUGGUAGGUCAAUUUAUGAAGCCAGGGGUCGUUAUCCUCAUGAUUUCUGGCAGUUACGAGCAGGCGGGGGUGGUGCUAAGGAGUUAGCUGAUGAAACAAAGUUCAUGCAGCCUGGAAUUGAACAGCCAGAAUUAAUGGUUCAAGCUUUGGUAGCGCAGAACACUCUCACUGACUGUUUGGUUAAUGGUGGGGAGGAUGAGGAAGAUCUGGAAAAAAUAAUGAAUGAAGUAGCUGAAACCCAGCAACCAGAACCGGAGGCUGGAGAGGAUUGGGUAACAGAACCAUCAGAUGAGGAUGUCCUAUUUGCCCCGGAGCUACCUGGAGGAGCAAGUUGUGUUUACACACAGAGAGUACUUCAGAUCGCUUCAAUAGUUAGAUCUCUAUCAUUUCAUGAUGAGAAUAUACAAUAUCUGGCACGGAAUACUACACUUGUUCGGUUUUUAUUGCUGUGUGCAAAUUGCUGGGUGGGUGCUCUUCGACAGAGUGGCUUGGAUACUCUGGGAAAUAUAGCAACAGAGCUUAUUAUCAAGGAGCCGUCAACCUGUCUCAUAUCCCGGCACGUGCUGUCCACGAUCCAGACGGCACUAUCUUCGCCGGACCGAGCCAGGAUAUUGGCGGCACUGGAGCUACUUAAUAAGUUGUCUCAAAACGAGGCGAAUGAAGAUGCUCUGCUUAAAUCAUUGGAGUCCAAAGUGUACAGCGACGUGUGCUCGCUGCUCACUCUGCGCGACAUCAUGGCGCUGGUGUGCUCGCUGGAGUGCGUGUACUCGCUGACGUCACUGGGCGAGGCCGCGUGCGAGGCCGUGGCGCGAGUGUCGGGUGUGCUGCACACGCUCGUGUCGCUCGUUACUGUCGAAGCUCAAAGCUACGGUCCCAGAGCGUGUAUAUUGAUGCGAGUCGUAGAGACAGUGAGCGGACCUGCAGCCGCCGCUGACAGAGAGGCCGAUAAAGAAAAGGCACAUCAACUAACUCAGCAACAACUAAUCCAAACAAAACCGGAAACGUCACAAGUGACGUCAGCAACUCCUAACGUAGUCACUACGCACGCGCCCGCGGCCGUGGCCGUAACGACGACCGCGCCUGUGCCGCCAUUAUCAUCAAUACAACAAUCGCAUAUUCAUCAGAGAACUGUCCAGGAGAACGAACACUUCGUGCAAGCGUGGCUCCGCUCGUCGUACGAGCCGCUGCCGGCCGCCGACACCAGUUCGUGCGACGCGGGCGACCUGUACCGCGCCUACGUGGCCGUCUGCUCCCAGCUGGGCCGCAAGGGAGUCGUCGCGCCCGCGCACUUGCCGCGGCUGGUGAGGUCAAUAUUUGGAGGCACAGUGGGUCCCAAUACAGUGAAGUCCAGUACUGGUGAGACCCAGCAAGUGUACAUCGGGAUCAAGGCUAAGAACCAGCCCCCGAAGUCUGCCCCACCCGCUGGACCAUCUUCACCAAUCCUUAAAGCCCAGUUGACGAAUAAAGUACCAGAAGUGAAGCCCGUUACACCUCCACAGGCGCAGCCAAGCUCUCACCCGCAUUUGUCCCAAGCCCUAGAGACGAACCAGUCGAACACUACCUUAAUCAAACAUUUGCUAGCGCACAAAGUAAGCCCCGCCGUACAGACGCAAGUUGCCCAGAGACAACAAAGAGUUGGAACUCCUGGCACUGUCGUUGUUCAAACCACUACAAGCUCGGGAAUGGACGUAGAUCCGGAGGCUCUUAUAAAGUGUACGACUAUAACUCCAGGAGGCAUUGCUACCACUACCGAAAAGAUCGCGAUGCCGGCUGAGGAAAUAUUGGUGCCAAAAGAGGAGCCAGUACACAUUCAAAUUGAUGAACAGGCGCAGCUGACUAUUAAGAGUGCACAGAACAAAAUGCUUGCUGAUUUACUUGAGAAAAAAUCAAACCCGCCGGUGCAAGUUGUGCAAAUGGCAACCCCGACAAUACAGAUAACUGAAACUGGCCAAAUUGUCACUGUCAAAUCUGACAACCCCGUUCUACAGAUUAAUGCGGACAACGCGACGUCGAAUUCAGCGCCAUAUUACCAAAUAAGGAACGAACAAGGACAAGUGAUACAGAUUAAAAGUGAAUCGGGACAGAUUAUUCAACUAAAAAGCGACCAGUUGCAAGGUUUUGUGCAGUAUAAGAAUGAUCAAGGACAUAUCGUACAGACUAAGAACGAACAACAGGUUAUACAGCAACCACAGAGUAUACAAGCACAGAGUACACAGGCCCAUAAUGUACAACCGUUCAUUGUUCAGCCGCAGAACACUCAAUCACAGAUUCAAAGCGUAAUACAGAGUACAAAGAAAGAGAGAGAACAUAGAGACACGGUGGCCGUAGACCAUUCGUAUACCGAACCCCCAAAUAAGAAGUCAAAAGUAGAAGACAAAUCUGAGAAUGGUUCACCUCAAGAAAGUGUAUCGAAAACGGCCGCUAACUUAUAUGCAGCGCUGGCGGCGUCGGCUCUUGAAGAUGAGGACGAUUUGAGCUCGCGAGGUGUCAUAGUAUCGGGAGGAGCGUCUAAGUUACCGCCGCCCAAACAAGAGAGUAUGGAGGUGAUACAGCAGCCGGUGAUGAUGCCGGGAGCUGACAACGCGCCUGUCAUCAUACAGGAGCCCAUACUGCAGGUCCAACAACCAGCAAUUCAAGUGCAACAGUCGGCUCUAGUACAAGGAUCUACAUUACAAAUGCAGCAGCCGAUGUUACAAGUGCAGCCAAUGGACGUACAGAAUAUUAUCGCUUCGCAAGCCGGCCAGUUAAUUCUACAGGAGAAGACAGUUGUGUCGCAAGCCCAGUAUGUUCAACAACCGAUGCAAAUUAUUGCUGCGCCAAGUAACUCCCAGGGUUUAAGUUAUAUCACUCAGAAUAUACCAGGAAACAUGAUGCAGAAGACCAUCAUCAUUGUUCAAGGGCCCACGGGUGGUGGACCACUCACAUUGACUGUGAACAACCCAGGAGGUUUGGACGAGGCCACAUUAAACAGUGUUAUCGCCCAGGCCACCGAGGCACUUACGCAACAGCAAAUAAUUCAGAAUUCUGGUGUGAUACAAUCGGCACAAAGGGUGAUAGUCAGUCAGCCGACACUGGUCAGCACUUCACAAUCCAUCGCCGUCGUCAAAACGGCACUAGCCCAGAACGCUCCCCAAAUAACUCCUAGCCAGCAACCAAUGAUAACCACACAACCUCAGCCACAUAAAGCACAAAUUAUGAAUCAACCACAAACACAACAGAUUGUGGUCACUCAGAAACAACCGCCGGCGCUCGUGAGCACUUCGUCUACAAACCAAAUGGUUGGCAACCAACAUAUAAUUCAAAGCAACCAGCAGCUAAUGCAGGGCAACCAGCAGAUUAUAGCAGUCUCUAGUAAUCAACAGAUAAUAAUGAACUCGUCUUUAAAGUCGGGUGUGCACAGGAUUGUGCAACAGACACAGAGGAACCAGGUCGCUACGGUCUCCACCAGCAGUUCAAUGCCAACUUUGGUUGAUAGUAAAACGCCGCACACAACAGCGAAAACACAACCGCCAAUUAUCAGACAAGUGAUCCGACAACCGGUGAUGGUUGGCAACACCAAAAUAGGCGAAAAGGAGACAAUUGUCUCACAAACAAUUACCGAACAAAAGCCGUCCCCGAGGCUCCCGGGCACUCCACCGCCGUUGGCACCUGCCACUCCAGCUCAAGAGGAAACGCCCUGGAUAUGUCAUUGGAAGGGAUGUGGAAAAACGUUCUCGAACGCGUCGGGCGUGUUCAGCCACGCGGCGCGCUGUCACUGCCCGGGCGCGGCGGGAGGCGAGGCGCCGUGUCUGUGGACGGACUGUGACCGCGUGCCACGCAAGACGUUCGCGCUGCUCAACCAUCUCAACGACAAACACUGCACGCCGCAAGCAUUAAAGGCGAUUUUCAACUCUCGUCGACAUGUUUCUACUGAGCCAGAUGCCAGCAAACCUGCGUCUGUAGCGUACCCGCCAAAUGCGGCGUUGGCGGCCCUUAACAAGCACGCCAACGAAACAUUCAAUCCGAGGGAGUUGAUGCAUAAGGCUGAUGGCACACGUGGCGUCGAUGCUCGGGAUGAAAACGAAGGACCUGUGACGAAAAGCAUUCGAUUGACAGCGGCAUUGAUACUGAGGAAUAUUGUCAUAUAUUCAAAUACAGGCAGAAGAAUUAUGCGACAGUACGAGGCCCAUUUAGCAGCCAUAGCACUCAGCAAUGUAGAAGCUUCCAGAACGAUCGCGCAAGUCCUGUACGACAUGAAUAAUAUUGGCGAGUCGACGUAUGCGAGUAGACCGUAUGACUGAUGUGUUAGUAGUUAAUUAAUAGUGAAUGUAGUUAUACAAGUGAAAAUCAUGAAACUUUAUUUAAUAGUAUAUAACAUGUGAGUGGUAAUUUGGUCAGAGUUAUAUGCUUUUUGAUUUCUAUUGUGUUUUGUUGAAAAUGUACAAUCAACAUCAAAAUUUGCUACAUUGUUACAGUAAUAUUCAUUUUAGUUCAUUUUUCAUCAAGUAGGAUUUGCUAAUGUACCUCAUCAGCGCAUUCUACGAGAAUUUAACUUUGAAACGUUCGUUUUCUGCCCACUAAACCACGUUAUAAAUGGACUUUUAUGCAACUUUAUGCUCUCAUUUGUGCGAAUUUAUUUAGUAAGUAUGUUGUUGCAUUCCUAGACACCACACAUCUAUGUGAAGGCAAUUUCCAAGUAGAUGUUAGUAUAAAAUCUCACUUUACUGUAGACACACAUCUUACUAAGGAGACGGGCAAAUUAAAAUGAAGAUUAAUAUUAGCAAUUUUGACGCUGACUGUACUUUUGCCAAUAAAUAAGUCGAUUUCAUCAUAUCCUAUUUCGUUUGUUGCUCUGAAUUUCAGCAACAAAAACGAUUUUUUUUUGUACUAUAGAAAAAAAUAAUUACGUUAGAUAUUUUUUUGAAAACCGCACUGUAAACGAACGCCACACAUCCAGACAGUGGUAUUGAUAUCCUAACUUGUGGCGUGUCGUGCGAAGGUGGAAUUCGGCGGCAGGAAUCAGGUGAAACAGCACUUCUUACUUAACUUACGGCUUAUGAGACAUAUUCUGCUCAAACAGACAGACGGACUGAAGGAUGCAGAGCAGAGUUUUAGCCUUUCGGUUGCCCUUAAAACAAUAAACAAUAAAUUACCUGAUCCAAAUAUUAAAUUUGUCACUAAAAUGGAAACGGCUCAUGUAGAAACAACAUGUAGAAACGAAAUGAGUUUACGACUGAAAUAAGUUAUAUCUGAAAUAGUGAAAUUAGAUGCUUUGGAAUAUUCACGACGACUUAAUAACAGUGCUGCUGGAAUAUUCCAUAAGCACGGAAGGUUUUGACGGACAAUUUGUUGUAUCCUACAGAAAUAGCUACACCAGUAGAUGUUAAAAUAUGGUGUCAUUCUCGUCCAAUCUAAUGAUUGGAGUUUAAAACAGUGAAUCUCGCUUUAUUCGGCAAAUAAAUAACUUUGGUUGUGCAAUAGAAAUACAAUCUGUGCUUAAAAGUUUAUUUUUUUAACGGUUUUACUGUUGUUUAGAAAAUAUUACAUUUUUUUUGUCAAAACAAUAAUAUCUAUACGUACUUGUAAAUUAUUGUUUUUGUAUUACGACAUGUGUACAAAGCUUUUGUACUGCUAUCUUAGUGUAAGUGUAGACGAUAUGAUAACUUGGUUAAGUGAAUAAAAAUUAUGUGUUAAACAUA